UUAUUAUUAUCACUUUCAUUGAUGAUAUUAAGUUCUUGUAAUGCUUAAUGAAAAUCUAGAAUUGAUUUAAUGCAACAUUCAUUUGAAAAUAAGUGAAAACACGUUUGAGGUUGUUACCUGAAUUAAAAGAAACACACCCAUUUCUUUUAGAAAAUGAAUAGCAAUUAAAUCCCGCCAAUCAUGGUUUAAUUUUUUCAAAUCCACUUGAAAAUGAAACAUAAAACGAAUCAGAACUUGGCCUUCAUAUUUUAUAUAUGAUCGACCAAAAAUACUGUCUUUUUAGUUGUAUGCAGGGAAAAGUAACCUCUUUGAUGGCCUAUGUGAUUGACGGGAAACCUGGUUUUAUUUUUUAUUGAAAUUAUUUAAAACUCUAAUAGGAAGCAGCUGUAAUUUAUAGGAGAAUUUCUCUUAUAAAACUACACUUAUUCCUUCGGGAUGCCUACCUCUGAUUGCACCUGUAGAAACUCAAACAAAUAAAAAAUUCUGUAAUUUUGGCCGAAGUGAUGAAAUGGAAGUAGCAUUUUUGAUUGUUUUACUGAUUAUUGUGUGUAUUUGGUACCUAAUAUUUAUUAUAUAGGUCAAGUGAUUGACACAGUUGUUAUGAAUCCUCCCUUUGGGACACGGAAGAAAGGAUCUGAUAUGGAAUUCCUCUCAGUCGCUUUUAAGGUUGCCUCUCAAGCUGUAUAUUCUUUGCACAAGACUAGCACUAGAGAGCAUAUCAAGCGAGUAGCAUUGCGAGAUUUUAGUGCCAACAGUGCUGAGGUCUUAUGCGAGCUUAGGUUUGAUGUCCCUCAGCUAUACAAGUUUCACAAGAAGAAAGAAGUUGACAUAGCAGUUGAUCUUUGGCGGUUUGUUCCUUGACUCAAUCAGUAACUUUGCAAAGUAGUAAGCUGUCAAAUGAGAUUAAUUAUUCUGUACUGACGAUGAAUGCCGUCCGAAGACCAACCAAAAUGCGUCAUGUCACCCCUUUACUGUGUACCGCGGUUCGGUAUUGCUCUGUACCGUUGAUGUGAUAACACCUGAUUUUCCUCCAGACGCAGAGCUGCAUACAGCCUCCGGCCUCCGCAUAGAAUAGUUUCUCCUCAAAUGAAACCUAAAUUUGUGUUUUAAAUAUUUUUAGUUUCAGACCGAAGUCACAAUAGCAUUACUACAAUUUGAUUUCAACUGUUUGUUAUGUUUGUCCUGUUGGAAAAUUCAAGAACUUGCUCUCUGAAUUCUGAGACAUUUUUCUUUGUUU